AUGACGUCAAUAGGCACAGGCUAUGACCUGUCCAACUCGGUCUUCUCGCCCGACGGUCGCAAUUUCCAGGUCGAGUAUGCAGUCAAGGCGGUAGAGAACGGCGGCACAGCUCUGGGCAUCAGGUGCAAGGAUGGUGUCGUGCUCGCUCUCGAGAAGCUUGUCAGCAGCAAGCUGAUCAAGCCUGGCGCCAACAAGCGCAUAGCAACCGUCGACCGCAACAUGGGCGUCGUGUCUUCUGGUCUCCUCCCCGACGGUCGCCACUUCGUCUCCCGAGCCCGUGACGAGGCGGCGCAAUGGCGGCAGCUCUACAAGGCCCCCAUUCCUUCCUCGUCUCUCGCCGACCGCAUGGGAAGCUACGUUCAGGCAUACACGCUUUACUCGAGUGUACGGCCAUUCGGCAUAACGGCCAUUAUUGCCGGCUGGGAUUCCGAGGCCGAGUUGCCCGUCGACGGACAAGUUGGCUCGGGUCCUUCUGUUGGCUCGGGAGGCAAGAGAGAGGGCGCCAAGCACGGCGGCCCAUCUCUCUACAUGAUUGAGCCGAGUGGCCUCUACUGGGGAUACUACGGUGCAGCUACAGGCAAGGGCCGCCAGGUUGCAAAGUCGGAGCUCGAGAAGUUGAAUCUGCACGAGGGCCAGCUUUCAUUAGAAGAAGGCGUCAAGGAGGCAGCGCGCAUCAUCUACGUCGCACACGAUGACAACAAGGACAAGGAAUUUGAGCUUGAGAUGACGUGGAUCAGCAAUCUCGACGGACCGACCAAGGGUAGACAUGAGGAAGUGCCCAAGGACAUUCGGGAAGAGGCUGAGAGGCUUGCAAAGAAGGCGCUCGAGGGGGAUGAUGAUGAUGACGACGAGGAGGAGAAGAUGGAAGAGUAA